CUCACUUAGUGCUUAAUUCUAUUAAUUAUUUCAUAAUAUCACCAGGAUGCAUUGCGAUUGUACCCUUGGUCUUAUUGCAUAAAUUAGACAUCCAAAUGUCGUUUGAUUCUGGACACGUUUUUAACACAUUGAAAAAAUGUCGUCAGUGUGCACAUAUAUAAUAACGGUUAGUUUGAAUGAUUUCAAUGAUGUUUUCUGAAAAUAUUCAUAGUAAUGGAUUAGUUCAUGUUUCCGAAUUUUAAGGAUUUCCCCCGAAAUUGUUCUCAAUAUGUUAUUGGUACCGGAAACAGUCGUAGAGAUGUCGAGGAGAUCGUCUCUGUCACAACUACCUGUAUCACGUGACUGUGGCAAAAAGGCAAAAUAUUCUCCGAUUGGUCAAUCGAAGAAGACAGAUUCUCACGAUUUUGAAUUAACAAAUAAUUGCAUAGGCUGCAACUCGAGGAAGGCAGGUGAGAAAUGCAAAUGUACGGACAAUCAAGAAACGUCUGGUGUAGAUAUGGCGUUUAGCGCCAUCUAUGGAGGUGGACGCGGUGGAAAUAUUUCUAAAAACCGGGUAAAACAGCAUACAGACGACAGUAACAUAGAAUUACAAAAUGAUUCUGACACUUGUUCACGAUGUCGAAUGUCCAGCACAUCGAGUCAAAAUGGCAGUGAUACGGUGAAACUGAACGUAGGAGGGACCGUGUUUGAGACCUAUACGUCUACACUGAAAAAGUUACGGACUUGUAAAUUAUCAAGAAGUUACGAAAUGAAGAAGUAUUAUCGAGAAGACAAGGGAGACUACUUUUUAGACAGGGACCCUCAAGUUUUUUCUGUUGUUCUGAACUAUUUACGAACAGGAGAAUUACAUAUCCCUACUUUUCUAUGUGGUCCUAUUUUGCAAAGAGAAUUCGAACACUGGGGAAUAGAUGAAUUAGACAUUGAACGUUGCUGUUGGCAACCAUACAAUACUUGGAAAACGCAGAAUAGAUCCUUGGAAAAAUUAGAAAGUGAUCGUAAAAAGUCAACAACACAAAGAGACUUGAAAUGUGACCGCAAUAGUCCGUCCCGAUGGAAACGGGUGCGGGCGAUAGUCUGGAACGUCCUACAAGACCCAACAUCAUCAUGCGGUGCAAAAAUAUAUGCUUGGAUUUCCAUUUUAUUCGUUUUCCUUUCCAUAUUUUCAUUCUGUGCGGAAACGCACCCGGCUUUCAAGGUAGAUAGAGGCACGCUCAAGUCUUUUGAAGCUUUAUAUAGCAUUCAACCCGACGCUACAUACUUAACAGAAGCGACUGUUACCAUUCCAAACACGUUGAACAGCACGAACUCAAAUCAAACUGCUGAUCAACGAGUAACACACCCUGCCUUGAAAAUCAUUGAUUUAUGCUGUGUCACUUUUUUCACCGUAGAAUUUAUCUGUCGGUUUGUCUUUUGUCCGGCUAAAUUGCAAUUUAUCACUACAGCACAAAAUAUCAUCGACAUUCUUGCUAUUUUGCCGGAUUAUGUGGAGUUUAUAAUAUACAUUAUCAACCCAUCUGGAGAGAAAAUGCCUUUUAUGGAAUUUAUUGUAAUUCUGCGCAUGCUCAGGUUAUGUCGUAUAUUCCGGUUAAUUCGCCAUGUGCCUGGAUUAUGGAUUUUACUGUAUACAUUGAAAGCUAGUUUCAACGAACUUUUGUUAAUGUUUGUCUUCUUGUUGAUUGGUAUGAUAGUUUUUGCUUCGCUUAUUCAUUUUGCAGAAUCCGAUAAAGGAUUUGAUAACAUUCCAAUUGGCUUUUGGUGGAGCGUUGUAACUAUGACUACGGUUGGCUAUGGGGAUAAGUUUCCUCAAACAGCAUACGGUUAUAUUGUAGGAUCUCUAUGCGCAGUCUCAGGACUUCUUAUGAUAGCUUUUACCGUACCAAUAAUUGUUAGUAAUUUCGUACUUUAUUACACGCAUGUGCAAUAUGGACUGGGGAAAAUUGAACGCACGAAAAGAAACGCGUUUGAGGAAGAAGAACAAGGUCUUAUUAGUGACGAUGAAAGUGAAACUGAGUGUAUUGAAUCAAAAGAGAUCCUAAAAGUAAAAGAAAAUGGCCACGGAAACCACGUGACUGACGGCAAUUACAAUAAAGUGUCAAUUUCAAGUGAAGACAACAGUCCAGUAUGAACAAUUCAUUUUUUAUUGCAUUCAAGAUGGGUUUUUUUCCUAAGACAUGUUAGCUAUUUAUUACAUUGUCAUUUAUACACAAUAUUAUUUUGAAAUAUUUUUAAAAAGGAAUAUUCCAUUUAAGGAAUGACUAAUAUUUUUUUUGUCUAUGAAGAAAUAACAUAAAAAAUGUGGUGCACACUGAAUAACCCGCGUAGAUUGUUAUUUAAAAAUGUGCACCACAUUUUUUAGUUCAUUUCGAAUAGACAGAAAAAUAUAACAGCCAUUCCUUAUAAUUUGAUUCUAAAUUCCAUUUUUCUCGGGAGCAAAUCAUGAAAAAAAAAUCCGUUGAUGACGUCACGGUCACAUGACAAAAUUAUGUCUAUGAGCUGAUAGACAAAAAAAAUCUCUCAGCCAAUCAAAAGACGUGUUACAUCCAAAAUUAAAUUAUUUAUUUAUUUAAAUAUAUUUAUGUGCAUGAUCGAAGAACGAUGACAUUUCACGGUUAUUCAUGAUACCUCAAAAGCUGUCUCGCUUUAGAUUUUUUUUUUAAAAAUAAUUCGCGUCGACAUAUAUCUGUUUAAGAUUGUUCAUUAACUUUCAUAACAUGUACAAAUAUGAACAUGAAAUGUAAAAUAGAGAAUAUUGGAACAUUGAUGAAACCCAAUGGAAUUUGAAUAUUAGAAUAUCUGACUGUUACACUUAAGGAUGUUCGCUACUCUUGAUUUUAACUUUUUGUCAGAUACUCGGUAUCCUCUAGUUUCACCAAUGUUAUAAACAUUUGGCCCGCUAAACCCUACUUUUCUUUUUCAUAAUUUUAAUCCAUAUAGUUUAAAAGGCCAAUUUUGAAAAUCUUGUGAUAUAUUUGUUUUUUUUCAUAGUUUUCGAAAGAAAAACAGGUGCCAAUGUUAAAUGUAUGAAAAAUCUAGAGAAAAUUCUUUCCCGCCUAAUUUUAAAUUGAUUACAUCUCAAAAACAAGGGUUGUUUUCUUAUAUCCGGUUCGUAUCGACAAACACGGACCUUUCAUUUUUUUCUGCUUUUAAGUUCCAUUAUUUAUAUACUAUCAAUUUAUAACUGUCAUUUUGAAAGCUUGCUAUUUUGAAACAGAGUAGCGAACAUCCUUUAUAUAGAAAUUACAACUUUUAUAAAAAAAAAUCCAUUACAUGAAAUAUGAGAUUUCCUUAAACACUUAUAUUUCUAUGAUAUAUUUUCCUUUUUUUUAUUUUGACAUACAUCAAUAUUUGUAUAUACCAUAUUCCCUAAGACUUGCAAUUCAAGUUCAUUCCGGUUAUACAUUUUUUUAUAUGGCAUUUAAAUUUUAUUUUUGCUAGGAUCGAUAAAUUGAUCGCAACAGCUGGCAGUAUUCCACCCACUUAUUUCCCUAAAAUAACUUUUCUCCACUAUCAUUUUCAAUUGUUUUAUUUAUUCUGUUAUUAGAGGACGUGCGCAGUAAAAUAUAAUUUUACUUACGAUUAGUCAGUACUUUAACAGUCUUUAUCUAAUUAACGUAGACAUUUAUUUAUGCCACGAACUUGAAACCAAACGUUUUGUUUCAAUUAAUAAUUCAUACCAUUUUAUGAUUUAGAUAUCUCUGACCGAUAAUUGAAUACCAAAGGACUAAGCAGGGGUUAUUCGAACAAGAAAGAAUCUGUGUUAAUCAUUUAAGGUCAAAAGUUUGUUACCAAAUAUUUCAGAUCCAAAUUUUGAUAUAGAAAAUGUAUGAGGUCAUAAGGCUGUGUAUACUCUGCCCAAAAUUGCGAUCAGGUAUUGAUUGAGUACCUUUUUUGCAUUAAAGACAGCUGCUGUAAUACGGGGUAUUAUAAUUUAAGAUUUAAGAUUUUGAAGCAGUGUUUGUUAAUGAUGUAAGCAGCCUUUUCGUUGCGUACUUAAAGAACAUGCAGGCUGUCUGUCACCUGGUCACUCAUUGUCCGUCGAUCAAAUAGUUCUCCAUAUCGGUACAACACACACUAUAUUUAGAAUAUUUAUUGUAGAAGUGCUGUUUUGAAUAUUUAACCGUGAAUAUCACCGGUGUAGAGUAAACCAGAACCCUCAAAGCACAUUUGACAUGGAAAGCUCGGCCUCUAGCAUCAUCGAAGAGACAUGCACAUCCGGUACAGUAACAUUAAUAACGUUUAAUAGCUCGGCCUCUAGCAUCAUCGAAGAGACAUGCACAUCUGGUACAGUAACAUUGGUAACGUUUAAUGAUAUAAGAACGUUUACACUGUUUAUUUAUUCAAAUGUGGAAAAAAAGUAAAGAAAUUUGUUUGCCAGUGUACCACGUGCAUACUGAUUGAAAAAAAAGGGCAGACUUUAAAUAACGUAACCGGCAGACUCUUAAGAACUUCUUAAGAAUAGGACUUUGAAAAUGCCAAUACAUUAUGUAUGAGUAGUGAAAUUUAUGAUGUUGGUAAAUUUAUUAAACUUAUAACAGUUAACAGAAUACAUUUUCGCUCGUUACAUAUACACAAGGUGUUUGUAGUGUAAACGUUUGAUAAAAUAUUCAGAUUGGUGUCAAGAAUGAAUUUUCGAAUAGACUUUCUUUGAAGUACCAAUGUUGUAUAAGAAGUAAAACAAAGUUUCUAAAUGUAUCGAAAACAAUGGAUUAAAUAACAAAUUAAAAAAAUCUGUGUAAUUGCUGUUCUUACCAUAUUAACAUCCCUGGACUUGCCUACCUUUAAAAGGUAUUUUUCUCAAAGAUAAGAAUAUUGAAUUUCUUCCCUUAAAACUCUGUCGUACCAAUUAUUAAAAACCUGAUUUAUUUAUUUUUUCAAAAUUUGUAUUUAGAUAUUUUAAAUAUUUAGCAUCUAAAUUACGAGGACGUCUGUUCAAAUCUUUUAUUUCCAUUCCCUUUCUAAUUCUGCAUCAAUAUAUUGUUAAAAAACCCAAAGGUUAUCUGUCAAAUUGAAUUUAAUGUACUUUGGUAUUUUGUGGAAAGUAAGUGUUGAUACAUAGCCUCAGUCAUAGGCAAUCAUACUUCACCUAUCUUUCGUAAUGCAGGCAAUGAAAACAUUUUCCCAGGAAAAGAUUGGUAUAGUUUUUCCGCUUCUUCUUACUUUUUUUUUUAUGAAACUAAGCUACAAAAUAAUUUACCAUCUCUUUGUAUUUAUUUUUAAUGAUGUUAAUAUGAUUAUUCAAUUUCUUCUUUUUAUAAGGUUGUAUCAAAGAAUUGAAAAAAAGCGAGAUUUUUAUACGUAUCUAUAUGCAACCUCUUGUAGAUAUAUUAUUAAUAUGGUGGGCAUUAUUAUCACAAUGUGUUCGUUAUGAAAUGAUGACCCCUCCUCCCCCUGAACAUUCGGAUGCUUAUGUAAAGUUUUAUUUACAUUUAUUGAUUAUCCGUAAAUGUUCUUUCAAUUUAAUUGACUAUCUUUUUGUGUACUGUUUAUUGUAUAUUUAAAAAUAUUUAUUUAGAAAAUAAUGUUAUCAUAAAAUUAUACUUUAUUACAUUUCAUUUUAUUAUAUAUAGUUAUUGUUAUACUGUUACAAGCUAAACAUUAUAGUUAUUUUAUAUUUCAACUAGAACACACCCGCUACAUCGCGGGUCCGUGAAUGAAUUAAAGAACCUACGCCUUAUUUUCAGCGUGGAUUUUUAGUAUUCGUAUUGUCAUAUGAUAAAGUCAUGCUGAUUAUAAGGUGCACCGUUUUCUCUGCUUUCAAAAUCUUUGUUUGAAUCCGUCCUAGUUUUCAUAAUACAACCGGAAACUAUUUGUGUAUAUAUAUCUUUUGGUCAAUUAUUGAAUUUAGUGGUCUAAAUCCUUGUAUAAUGACCAAGUUCAGUUGUGAUUAUGACCCGUAUACAUAGCAAAUCCCAAAUACACCGUUUGGUGGUGCGCCUGACAAAGGCGGAACGUACAGAUAAGGUAACAUGAAUCAGGUACUGGAAUCGAUAUCGGAUUCGACCCGGAACUUGUUAAUUAUUGGUAAUAUUAAUUAUGUGGAAAACAAAAGGGCCUGGAAUGGUGUAAUUUUUAAUCAAAACCAUUUUCCUAUAGUAGUUAUAUAUAAAGUUGGUUUCUUUGAUUCGUCGUUUUUACGUCAUGCCAGCUAACAAAUUGGACCUCGUUAUUUUAGUAGUAUAGAUUUCAUUUAAUAGGGUCCUUAGGAAACGCUAGGUGAAGUUUUUUUGCUGGUUGUAAGGUAUCCGGUCUAGAAUUUAAAAAAAGUCACGUACAUGUAUUCAUUAUGCAAAGCAAACCUAUAAUAAAACCGGCAAAUAUUCAAACAGUGCGUGCAGUAAAUUUCAUUAGAGUAUUAAAACUGUGUUUUAUAGAUGAUGAUGGUGAUGACGAUGGAUUAGUGUUUAACCUCCAGUGGAGAAUAUUACAUGUAUAUCAGGACGUGAACAUGCUAAUGUGAUACUUAUGAUUAAUAUCCACGCUUAUUGCACUAGAUCGAAAAAGUGAACGUUAGUUUUAUCGUGCUAGUUCACAAAGUAACAGUCUGCAAGAAGGUAUCCUAUACGGACACAUUAUUCUGAAUCCUAUCCGACAAGUUUUUGGGUUGACUGACCGGCAAAAAAACCCGUGACCUUCAACGUUCACGCAACCACGAAACCACCUAGGCGAUUUUAUAGCUGUUCGCAAAUAUUAAAGUUGAUAAAGAAUUAAGUUUGUAUCAUAUAUUAAUAUUAUUUUACCACGAUUUGGUUUAUGGUCUGGAUAGUAUAAUGUUAUGUCCAAGAGCAUAAUUGUAUCUUUAAAGUUUCUGUUUUUAGUAUAUAUCAGAACGUCCGAUAAUUUUCGCUCAGAGGGGUAUCCAACGUUUUCAAAAGUAGCCAUAUUAAAUGAAACUAUUGAGUUUGUUGAUUCGAUUAAUUGUCGCUUACUUUAUACGGCUUUUUUAUUUCUAAAUCUGUUAUCUGUGAUUUCAGAAAAAAAUAUUUUAUGACAUAAAAGCUGUCAUGUCAAAACAGAAAACAAAUCUUGUGUUUUAUCGAACAAUAUGUACACGUCACACCAUUUAGCUCUCCCGGUAAAUCUACAACGAAGACAUUGAUUACGGAAUAACGGAUUGCCAAACAGAAGUAAGAUUAUCAAAAUGCGGUAUGACGGAAUCACAGUUAUCGCGCUUACAAUAUAAACAUUGUCAUAAAAUCACAACCAUUAGUAUUGAAAACCUGUUGGGAUAAUCGUAAUAGGGCAUCAAAUUAUUUUUGCUUCUGUGAAGUAUGAUAUUGUUGCUUGGUAACACUUAUUGUAUGAUAUAUUUCUGCACAUUUAAGUAUUAUUUAUAAAUUUUCAUUGACAUAUAUAUGUAUCAUUGUUCAUAUUCAUUUACGAAUGUAUUGUUCUGUGAUAUUGAACCAUUCCUUCAUCAAACAUUUGUAAAUAUUGCCUCAUUGUUAAACAGUUGUGGAUAUUUUAUACCCCACGUUUUACCUUCUGUAAAUAAAUCACAUUUGUUGAUCUAA